UUAUGGUUAAUUUAGUUGAGCUAUUUUCUGUCUCGAAGAAACUAAAACUGAAAACAUUGCCACUCGCACAAACUUCAAAUUUUAUUAAAUGCCAUUUUAUAAAUAAUUUUUAAAUGUUGUCGAUCGAUUAGAGUGACGAAAGAGUACGAAUAAUUCGGGAUUUUUAUCAUUAUCAGCUGCUUACAUUCUGUCAUAUGACACGCUUUAAUGGCUAAUCAAUCAAUAAAAGUGUUAGUGUAGCCUCAAUAACGUGAUGUAUGGCUUAGGCAUUGUUAAAUUGUCUUAUAUCAUCUUCAAAUAAAUCAUUUCAUUCUUGUCUUAAUCCCUGGAUAAAUGUAUACCAUGGUUACGCUCUUUUAGAAUCUGGUAUCGUAUCCCGAAAGAACGAAGUUAAUAUAUUAAUAAAAAAUGCAACCAAUUUGCUAAUUGGUGGUUUCGCUUAUUGGAUUUUUGGAUUUUCUUUAAGUUUCGGGGAUGGCCUCAAAACUAUUUGGUUUGCUACAGGUCGCUUCUUUACUCAAGCUUCACUUCAGGAUAUGGGCGUUUUAUAUUCAAAGUUUGUCUUUCACCUCGGUUACUGCACUACUUCUACUACUCUAGUGUCUGGAUCCAUGGCUGAAAGAUGUAAAUUUACCGCAUAUUGUCUAGUUUCUUUUUUAAAUAUCUUUAUCUACUGUAUACCCGCGGGUUGGAUGUGGAGAGAGGAUGGUUUUCUGGCUGUUCUGGGUGCCGUGGAUAUUGGAGGAUCGGGAAUAGUACAUUUAGUAGGAGGGUGUUCGGGUUUAGUUGCUGCCAUUAUUUUAGGACCCAGAGUAGGAAGAUAUGAUCAAGGAUUCGAACCUCUUCCUCUUGGAAAUCCUACUAAUGCACUCUUAGGGCUGUUCAUGCUAUGGUGGGGUUGGUUAGGAUUUAAUUCUGGAAGCACGUUUGGUAUCAUGGAAAAUAAAUGGAAAUAUUCUUCCAGAGCAGCCGUAACAACUAUUUUAGCAUCGACAGGAGGAGGAAUGGUCGGCAUGUGCUUCAGUUUCUUUACUAAGAAAGGUCUUCAUGACGUGAGCAUUCUUAUGGAUUCUGUUAUGGGAUCAAUGGUAGCCAUUUCAGGAGGAGCACCAAUAGUACGUCCAUGGCAAGCAAUCGUUAUCGGAAUGAUUGCAGGAUUAAUUAUUGUUUUGGUGGUUCCUCUUCUAGAUUGGUUACACGUAGACGAUCCUACAAACACGUUUGCAGUUCACGGUGUGGGAGGACUCUGGGGUAUGAUAGCAAUUGGUCUCUUUCCCGAAAGAGAUACCAUUAGAAACUAUACAAGAAAUUUAUCUGGUCUUUUCGUCGGAGGCGGUUGCAAAUUGCUAAUUAUUCAGAUUUUAGCUUCUGGAUGUCUCAUAUGUUGGAGUUUAUUGGUAUCAACUAUUUUUCUCUUACUAAUUAACGUCACUAUUGGCCUACGAAUGACUAUCGAAGAAGAGAUAAUGGGACCAGACUACGUCGACCAUAAUUUACAACACGACGGUAACAUUAAUGUUUUGAGAGUUUUAAAAGAAAAAUCCGAAGGUUCUCUUCGUCGUAGAAACACUAGUCACGUGAUAAGAAACGAUAAUAAAAUCCAUCCCAAGUCGUUAAAAAUUAGUACUAUCAGCAAUAACGAAUAAAAUUAUAAUUUUAUGUUGGAUUAAAUAAUAACGAAAUGCGGCACAUUCUUAAGAAGUGAUAACAUAAAUUUUAAAUUUGGCAUAAAUAAUCAUUAAUUAAUGUCCUCAUUUAUUAAUAAAUUAGUUUAAUGAAAUAAAUUUGAAGGAAAAUAACUUUUGUGUAGACAUGAAUCAAUAUUCAUUUUUUAAAAUCAGUUGUUUACAUCGGUGACUCUCA